AUGGCCUCAGAAUCGUCUCCAUCAUCUCAGCGGCCGUCCCUAGAGCGGUAUGAGGACGGCCAACCUCGUUUCCGUGGAUGCUCGAACAUACGCGAUUUCGAAUUCCUGGGGAAACUAGGUGAAGGCACAUUCGGAGAGGUUUACAAGGCUCGAUCGAAGAAAGAUGGCACCAUUGUGGCUCUGAAGAAGAUUCUUAUGCAUAAUCAGAAGGAUGGCUUCCCUAUUACCGCAUUACGAGAGAUCAAACUGUUGAAGAUGCUUUCACAUCCAAACGUGUUACAAUUGCCUGAGAUGGCAGUGGAAAAGAGUAAAGGGGAAGGACGGAAGAAGCCUAGUAUGUACAUGGUUAUGUACUAUCAGGAACACGACCUGUCCGGGCUUCUCGAGAAUCCAAAUGUCCAUUUCACAGAGGCGCAAAUCAAGUGCUAUAUGCUGCAAUUACUAGAAGGGGUUCGCUACUUACAUGAUAAUGGAAUCCUGCACAGAGACAUGAAAGCUGCAAACCUUCUUAUCAGCAACAAAGGUAUCCUUCAGAUUGCCGACUUUGGACUCGCGCGACCCUACGACGAAAAGCCCCCGGAGCCUGGAAAAGGCGGCGGCGAGGCGAAGAGAGAUUACACACCAUUGGUAGUUACAAGGUGGUAUAGGCCUCCGGAACUGCUUCUGCAGCUGCGCCGCUAUACGACGGCGAUUGAUAUGUGGGGUGUUGGAUGUGUCUUUGGCGAAAUGUUCAGAGGACGUCCGAUCCUUGCAGGCAAUAGCGAUCUCAAUCAAGCACAAUUGAUCUUCGCGCUUGUUGGCUCUCCGACAGAGGAGACUAUGCCAGGCUAUUCUUCACUUCCUGGGUGUGAUGGUAUCAAAGAUUUUGGAAACAAGCCUGGGAAUCUGAGCCAGGUCUUCAAAGAUCAAGGGCCUCUGAUGAUAUCCCUUCUGAGCGAGUUUUUGAAACUUGACUGGCGAAAAAGGAUAACGGCCGUGGAUGCCUUAAAGCAUCCUUACUUUACCAGCCCGCCACUCCCUGCUCGCCCAGGCGAUCUACCCCAAUUCGAAGACUCACAUGAACUCGACCGUCGACAAUAUCGACAAAAACCCAAGCCCCCUGCUCCCCCUAAUGCAGCAGCAGGGGAGAGCGACUGGUCGACUGGAACAGGUGCUCGUGCCGCAACUGGACAGAGCAGUCGGGUUCCCGCCGGUAUAUCACGCGGUGGUCCAUCCUCGGGUUUCCGUCGUGUUCCUGAUGACGGACUACCACCCAAACCAUCCCCAGUCUCACAGCCAGGAUGGCCAAAUCGUAAAAAUGACAACCGUCCCCCUGACCGCCGAAAGGACGGAUGGUCCAACACGGGCCGUGGCGACGGAGGACGACUCGAUACAUACGUACCCAGAUACGAUAACAACAGCAAUAGCAACAACAACAACAACAACCACCGAAACGGCCAUCAUCACUUCGAUGGUACCGGUGCUGGUCCUGGUCUCGGCGGGCCGGAGAAUAGCCGAUACGGUAACCGAAAUAAUAAUCCCAGCAAUGCCCGAAGACGAAGUCAAAGUCCGCCGAUGAGAGAUAGAAGCCGUGAAGAUAGUUACCAUUUAUACCGUAGAUGA